CGCCUAUUCGCUAUCUUAGCGCUCACCCCACGUUUCUGAACAUCCACAGCAUCGCGGGAUCCGCGAUUCCUCCCGGGAUCACAGUCCUGAGUAUCUCGAUCUGUCUCCUCGCCGGCCGAAGCCGGCCUGCAAUGUCCUGGGCGCGCUCCCCAGACCCUCCUGGCCCCGCCCGCCAGCCCUCCUGCCUCUGGCGCGCCCCCUCCCCAGCUCGCGACUGCGCCCUGGUCGCGCGCCCUCCCCGCCCGCACCUGUGCUAGGCCAACCCGCGGGGCGCCAGCUGAAGCCCUGAGGCUCACCGGUCCCGAGGCGAAAGAUGAAGCAGGCCCUGGUGGACGACACGGAGGAUGUGUCCCUGGACUUUGGCAACGAAGAGGAGCUGGCUUUCAGGAAAGCCAAGAUCAGGCAUCCCCUGGCCACCUUCUUCCACCUUUUCUUCCGAGUGAGUGCCAUCGUCAUCUACGUGUGCUGUGACUGGUUCAGCAAGAGCUUUGUGGGCUGCUUUGUCACUGUGCUGCUCCUUCUGUCUUUCGACUUCUGGUCUGUGAAGAAUGUAACUGGAAGACUCAUGGUGGGCCUCCGAUGGUGGAAUCAGAUUGAUGAAGAUGGCAAAAGCCACUGGAUUUUUGAAGCCAGAAAGGUCUCCCCAAAUCGUAUUGCUGCUCCAGAAGCCGAGGCGCGCAUCUUCUGGCUUGGCCUCAUCAUCUGCCCCAUGAUCUGGACGGUGUUCUUGUUCAGCACCUUGUUUUCCUUGAAGCUGAAGUGGCUGGCUCUUGUGAUUGCUGGGAUUUCACUGCAAGCUGCGAACCUCUACGGCUACAUUCUUUGUAAGAUGGGAGGUGAGAGCGACAUCAGCAAGGUCACCGCCAAUUUUCUGUCCCAGACGGUAUUCCAGACGGUGAGUUGCUGACGACUCACCUGGACAACCACCCCACAGCCAUGCAGAGUGAAGGAGGCUGCUGGCGCCAUAACUUGUCAGCCAGCCUGCCACAGUUCUUUUUAUUGUGGUAAAAUUUACACAAAAUUGAAGUUUAAAUCCUUAUCAAGUGUGCAGUUCUUGGUAUUAAAUAUAUUCACAACGUUGUGCAGUUGCCACCCAUCUCUAGAACACCUUACACCUUUCCAAGCUAUGUCUAGUAAACACUAACUUCCCAGCCCUCUCCCGGGGCUACACCAUUGUCCAUCCCUAUGCGGCCGACUAUCCAAAGGGUGCUUUUAAGGGCAAUUAGACAACAUUUGUCUUUUUGAAACAGUCUCACUCUGAGUUCAGGCUGGCCUUGAACUCACUUUUAGCCCAGGCUGGCC